GAGACGAAUGACUCCACUGAUGUAUGCAGCUAGAAAAGGCUGUCCUCGGGUUGUUGCUCUUCUUGUUGCUCAUGGAUCACACAUAAACGCCCAAGAUGAAAAUGGGUAUUCCGCAUUAAUAUGGGCAGCACAGCAUGGACAUAAAAGUGUAGUUUUUAAGUUGCUUGAACUGGGAGCUGACAAAAAUCUACGGACUAAGGAUGAGAAAACAGCAGCAGAGCUAGCAAAAAUCAAUAAACACCCAGAGAUUUAUAGUUUACUCUCUUUGGCUGCAAAUCACUUGCAAGGGAGAUACCAUGAAACGAUUAAGCAAGAGGCUAUCUACAAAUUUCUGACAGCUGUCCCUGACCACAGAGCUGGUUCCUAUUCAACUUUUGAUGACAUGGAAGUGUUUUUACAUGGCCUUGGUCUAGAACAUGUAAUAGGAUUAUUGAAGGAAAGAGAUAUAGCUUUAAGACAACUUCUGAUCAUGCAAAAAGAUGAGUUAAUAGAGAUUGGCAUUACAAAUCCUCGAGAUCAACAGAAACUCCUAGAUGCUAUUAAGGAGCUACAAGUGGAAGAAAUGAGAAUUGGAGACCUCCCUGAAGUGAUGAAGCUGGAAUUGAGUGGAGAUGAAUUCCUCAAGUUUCUCCAGAAGUUGAAUAAAGAGUGUAAUAAGCUGACUCUUCCUGUGCAGACCAUGAAUAAGCAUUUUCUCAAAAAUUCUCACAAGAUAGUACUGCAGUGGGCGCCAACUGAAAGUUUUAUUGAAGUCUGCAAAGACUUGGCUUGCAGCGUUGAAAAGCUGGGAGAAGAAGUUACCAAGCUGAAGGACCUGCUGGAGAAGCAUGAGCAGAAGAAUGACCCCAGCCGAGUGAAACUUCCAGACAAAGCACCCACCUUGGAAAAAAGAUUAGUAAAAAUGGGAGCGGUUACAUUGCUUGGAUUUGGUUUUUUCUUCUUUAUAACUAAGUUAGUGGUAAAGAAAACCUGA